AAGCGGCACAUGUUUACAUGCCUCUCUCUGGUGGCCAGCGUUUCGGUUGUAUUGUUUCUACACGAGAGCAGCCUUUCCUUUAAGCACGCCCACUGUCUGUUACACAAACUUAUAUCAUGAUUUCAAGAUCACUCCGGUCAUAGAAGUCCAUCGAGACGGCUCUCUUCACACAACAUCAAACUGCGCUUCGACCUGUUAAUUCAGGAUGUGGAUUCCCAUGCUGAGUUUGACUGCCCUUCCGCACGUUGGGGGGAUAUUUGGAGGUAUCAUCACACGGAAGGAGGUGAAGACCUGGUACACCACGCUCAACAAACCCUCAUGGAGGCCACCUAACGCUGCCUUCCCAAUAGUGUGGACCACUCUCUACACUGGCAUGGGCUACGGUUCAUACCUUGUGUGGAAAGAGCUUGGAGGCUUUACUCAGGAUUCAUUGGUACCACUGGGACUUUAUGGGUUGCAGUUGGCGCUUAAUUGGGCCUGGACCCCCAUCUUCUUUGGAGCUCACAAAAUUAAACUGGCAAUGAUAGAGAUAGUGAUGCUGACUGGCACAGUGGCAGCCACAAUGGUGUCUUGGUAUCCCGUCAGCCGCACUGCAACACUUCUCAUGGUACCAUACUUAGCCUGGCUUUGCCUCGCUACCAGCCUCAACUACUGCGUUUGGAGAGACAAUCCAGAACCCAAAAAAGACGACUAAAGAGUCCAAUAAAAUGAACACUAUUCUAGCUAACACUGACUAGAACAAAAAUCAUGUUUAUGUUUUAUUUAAAAUUUUGUAAUUCUAGCAAAAUUCACAAUGUGUCUUAAUUAUAAAAGAAGGAAAUGCAAUAAAAUGAAAAUGCUUCCGAUAUAUAAACUCA